CCACUUUCCAUUGCUCCUUAUACACGGGACGUGCGCGGGUCGCCCCUCUGCUCUCUGUACACGUUGGGAAGUCUCAGUCCUGUGGGUUAUGUGGCCGCUGUAAUCAGAGGGGUGCACGGCCGAUCGGGGAUGAUACAUCGCUCGCUGUGGAUUGUAGAUACUUGGAUUGCAGCUCUGACACUCUCACCCUGGAUGGGGGGAUCGGGAUUUCUCCCCUCUGCUGAAGCUGGGCCCCACUGUGUGAGGAUUACACCGCUGGGCUGACUCCGAGGGGACCCCCCCCCCCCCAAUUCUAUCCCAUCGUCCGAUCUCUGCACACUGACAGGAUCUCCCACGCAGACUUGUGAGCCACAUAGUGGUACGUUCAUCUCAUGCUUGCUCACAGCCAGCUGGAUGGGGUCGUUCAUGGUGCGGCACUCACGAAAAGCAUGGGGCGGGUUCACUGACAGCAUGCUUCUUCUUUGCUUGUUCUCGGUCAGUUUGGCAAUUGCCCGGCCAUCUUACAGUCACGUAGAGGAAACCACUGUAGAACCAGAAGAACCUCCAACCAAAUACCAAAUCUCUCAGCCAGACGUUUUAACGAUCACUCCCGGCAAGCCUCUUGAUCUGCGCUGUCCAUUCAACGAUGCUUUCCUGGUGACUUGGACUAAGGAUGGGGUGAAAUUAGAAUCCAGCAAUAGGACGGUGAUUGUCAUGAACUACUUGCUGAUAAACGAGACUCUCCUCAGGGAUUCAGGGCUGUAUGCCUGCUUAGCUCAUAAAGGCGCCCAGAGCAAUACUCAUUUCUUCCUUGUGAAUGUCACAGAGGCAAGUUCUUCUGGAGAUGAUGAAGAUGACAGUGAUAACGAUGUCUCUGAGAAUGUAAUCAUUGACAACAGCAAUAUAAGACCUCCUUAUUGGACGAACCCGGAGAAGAUGGAGAAGAGACUUCACGCUGUCCCAGCUGCUAACACAGUAAAGUUACGUUGUCCAGCUGGUGGAAACCCCAUCCCUACCAUGAGGUGGUUGAAGAACAACAAGGAGUUCAAGCAAGAGCAUCGGAUUGGCGGGUAUAAGGUCCGUAACCAACACUGGAGUCUGAUCAUGGAAAGCGUUGUCCCAUCUGAUAAAGGCAUAUAUACUUGCAUUGUGGAAAAUGAACAUGGGUCAAUCAACCAUACUUACAGUCUUGAUGUCAUAGAGCGCUCGUCUCACAGACCCAUACUGCAAGCUGGUCUCCCUGCAAAUACCACUGCGUAUGUUGGAGGCGAUGCUGAAUUUGUGUGCAAGGUGUAUAGCGACGCACAGCCCCACAUUCGCUGGGUGCGCUUUGUAGAGAAGAAUGGGAGCCGAUUUGGGGUGGAUGGGAUCCCAUACAUGAAGGUUUUGAAGCACUCGGGAAUAAACAGUUCCAGUGCUGAGGUGCUGAAUCUGUACAAUGUGACAGAAGCAGACGCGGGGGAAUAUGUCUGUACCGCCUCCAAUUACAUUGGUGAGGCCAACAAGUCAGCCUGGCUCACGGUGGUGAAAAGAGAACCAGGUACAGAACCCCCUAUGGAGGAUACCUCACUGCCUUACUACAUGGAAAUAGCUAUAUAUGUUGGUGGAGGUUUCCUUAUUUUCUGUUUUAUUGGAAUUUGCAUCAUAUUCCAAAUUCGGCAGGGAGCUAAAAAGAAGAAAUCGUUAAUUGGGCCACCCGUUGUCCAUAAGCUCAGCAAACGAAUACCACUCCACCGCCAGGUAACAGUGUCAGCCGAUUCAAGUUCCUCUAUGAACUCCACAACACCUUUGGUGAGGAUUACUACACGCCUUCUGUCCAGUGCUGAUACAGUCCUGUUGCCCAAUGUAUCAGAGUACGAACUUCCUCAUGACCCCAAGUGGGAAUUCUCGAGAGACAAGCUGACGCUGGGAAAACCUUUGGGUGAGGGUUGCUUUGGGCAAGUGGUCAUGGCCGAGGCUGUAGGGAUUGAUAAAGACCGGCCUAAAGAGUCAGUGACUGUUGCUGUAAAGAUGCUAAAAGAUGAUGCUACUGAGAAAGACCUGUCUGAUCUGGUCUCAGAGAUGGAGAUGAUGAAGAUGAUUGGAAAGCAUAAGAAUAUUAUCAAUCUGUUGGGUGCAUGCACACAAGGAGGUACCUUAUAUGUAAUUGUAGAGUAUGCUGCUAAAGGGAACCUUCGUGAGUACCUGCGGGCCCGGCGCCCUGUUGAAAUGGAUUACUCCUAUGACAUUAAUAGGGUGCCUGGAGAACAAAUGACUUUUAAAGACUUGAUAUCGUGCACUUACCAGCUGGCCAGAGGCAUGGAGUACUUGGCAUCACAGAAGUGUAUACAUCGGGACCUUGCAGCCAGGAACGUGCUGGUCACAGAGAACAAUGUUAUGAAGAUUGCAGACUUUGGUCUGGCACGGGACGUCAACAAUAUUGAUUAUUAUAAGAAAACAACAAAUGGUCGGCUCCCUGUAAAGUGGAUGGCUCCAGAAGCGUUAUUUGACCGGGUGUACACUCAUCAGAGCGAUGUCUGGUCAUUUGGUGUCUUAAUGUGGGAGAUUUUUACUCUGGGAGGCUCGCCAUACCCUGGCAUUCCAGUUGAGGAACUUUUCAAGCUGCUGAAAGAGGGUCACCGGAUGGAUAAGCCAGCCAACUGCACCAAUGAACUGUACAUGAUGAUGAGAGACUGUUGGCAAGCUAAUCCCUCAAACAGGCCUACCUUCAAACAGCUGGUGGAGGACUUGGACCGCAUCCUCACACUAACCACCAACGAGGAAUACCUCGAGCUCAGCGCCCCUCUGGAGCAGUAUUCUCCAAGCUUCCAAGAGUCUUCCUGCUCUGCAUCGUCUGGGGAUGAUUCGGUGUUCUCCCCUGACCCCAUGCCACAUGAACCCUGUCUCCCCAAAUUCCAGCACGUAAAUGGGGUAAAAACAUGAGGCAUCUUGCGUUCUGCAGGCCACUUUAACAGACUGCUGAUAAGGCUGACAGAUUCUGCAGAACGCCGAGGAACAAGGACCUCUCUGUAGAGGAGAAGGUAUAAGGCAGGAGAGGUUACAGGGCAGACUCCACAGUAUAUUCUCCUACCACUCCAAUGAUGGGAACAGGACAUUACAGGAGAACCUCAUGGCUCACCAACCCCGGACCAAACGCGUGCGAAGAGACAGCAGGAAGAUUCUGCCUGGUCGGCGAUAGGGGGGAAAGAAGUCCGUCACUCCGGCUGUGGCAAAGCCAGAUACACCGUCACUGCCUCACCAAGACUGCUUUCAGUGGACUCAAGGCUAAAACACUUAUAUUUUUGCCUUUCUUGUUAAUUUUGUAAUAUUUUGAGAAAAUAUAUUCCAGCACUCAAAUCCCUUCCAUUCUUCACCAGAGCACAUAUACAGCAUUAUCGCUGUUGGAUAUAAAUGUAAAUAUAUUCAGAAUAUGUAUAAAUAUAUAUUAUAUAUUUACAAUGAAUUAUUUUUUGUAUUGAUUAAAUAACUAAUAAAAAAUAAAAAAAGAACAAACAAGCUCUUCUAUGCUGGAUAGGAGGACCUUUUAUAUUACUCUCCAUUCUCUCCUAUCUAGCAGAGAACAGAUAUAUAUAUGGUUGAUCUUUGGGAUUAAAAAAUCCUUUUUUUUUUUUUUUCACUGAAACAAAGUUUCAGAUCUUGGGGCCACCCAAAUAACCUUUAAUGAGAACGUCUUUACUAAGAAUUUGUAAACAUUCCAAAAUGAGUUUAUUAACCCUUUAAAUACAGAGAAAUCCAUAGAACAUUCCAGAGGUCUCUGGAUUCAAAGGUGUCAAAUUUUGUACAAGCGGUUUAUAUGACAUUUAAAAAAAUAAAAAAAUUGUGUAGAAUGAGACCUAUAGAGUAAAGCUUAUGACGAUUGUAUUGUAAAAAGAUUUAUAUGAUAUUUAUGCUGUAAACAGAAAGGAAAGAUUCUUUCUUUAAAAAAGUCUAUUGGUUAUUUUUCACUUCCGAAUAAAUGUAAGAUUGUGAAUGGGGGACGAGGGGAGGGGGGAGGGAGAGAAAGUGAGAAUAUCAUGAAUCUGUAAAUAAAAUGGCUAACCUAAUGCUCUAGUCUCUUCCAGGGUUUUUACCGCUGGUUGUGUAUGGCGAUGGCACGCAAUGGGGCCA